CAGUUUUGUUUUGAAAAACAAUAAUUUUAGGCUAGUAGAGGAGAGGGCUAGGUCUAUUUAAGUUUGUGAAAUUGAUAAGAUAGGAAGAUAAAAGCAAACCAAGAGACACUUUAGUAACAAGUUAGAGUAGUCGAUUUUGUAUGAAUUAUAGUGUCUUUGGUAAUAGAUUUUUAAAUCCACUUGAAGAUGACGUCAGUAACUAAAGUAUCAUGUAAUCGAAGCUUCGAGGGCCAUCAGUAUGUGUUUUCCCAUCAUAGUUCGGAGUUGAAAUGCGAGAUGAAAUUUGCAAUUUAUCUUCCUCCGCAAGCUGAGUCAGGGGAUGUCCCUGUUAUUUAUUGGCUCUCUGGUCUUACUUGUAACGAGCUCAACUUCGUUCAGAAAGCCGGAGCGCAGAAGUAUGCGGCCAAACAUGGAAUCGCAGUGGUCUGUCCUGACACGAGUCCAAGAGGGUGCAACAUUCCUGGGGAAGCCGAUAAAUGGGACUUUGGAGUCGGAGCUGGGUUCUAUGUGGAUGCUACUCAAGCUCCGUGGGACAAAAACUUCCGCAUGUACACUUACGUCACCAAAGAACUGCCAGAGGUCAUCGCUGAUAAAUUCCCUGUAGACCCGAAGAGACAAAGCAUCAUGGGACACAGCAUGGGAGGUCAUGGAGCUUUGAUUUGUGCACUGAAGAACCCCUACAAGUACGCUUCGGUGUCUGCUUUCUCCCCCAUAUGCAACCCCUCAGUGAGUCCUUGGGGUAAAAAUGCACUUUCAGGUUACCUCGGCUCUGACACUGACGCCUGGAAACAAUACGACGCUACUUGCCUGGUGUCAGCUUACGAUGGUCCCGUCAUUGACAUCCUCAUUGAUCAGGGAGCUGAUGAUGAAUACAUCAAAGCUGGUGAACUCUUGCCGGAAAACUUCAUGAACGCUUGCAAGAAUGCGCUGGUACCUGCUGUGCUCAAAAUGAGGGAAGGCUACGACCAUAGCUACUUCUAUGUCGCAUCAUUCAUCGAGGAGCAUUUUGAAUUCCAUGCAAAACACUUGAAAAACUAACCAAUUAAUAUUUUAAGACUAUACCUUGCGUCUAUUAUUGUCGAUUAUAUCUUGUUUAUUUUACUAAA